AUCGCAUUUCAUAGGAGCUAAAUCCCGGUGCAGUGGAUCAGGAUAGGAACGGCGCAAUGGCGAAUCCAAUCGUAGAGAACGCGAACUAUCUCAAUCGGGCCAUUUUAACGACUCAAAAAUUGAGGAUUAGCGUAUCUAAAACAUUCAAUCACAUGAAAGAUGGCAUUAAGGUGUCGAAAGAUGAGCAUGGAGCCCCAAAGUCAUUUGCAUCACAACUCCAAGAGGAUCUUUUCCUCAUCAACGAAAGCUUUGUAGAGUUGGAGAAGCUGACAAAUGCUGUGAGAAGACAGAGAGAGGCGGAGACUAUUGGGAAUACAGGAUCACUCAGUAUGGAUCCAAUCACAGACAAGACCCCUCUCUAUCCAAAGGCUCUUGAGACAUACAAAUGGGCAACAAGGCUAAGGGAGCAUUCCUCCUUUGCCCAUACAUUCCUCAAUAGCAGUUCUAUCAAGAGAUCCUCAGGGAGCGGAGGAAGUCCAGCUAAGAGAAGGAAAACAGCUCCUACCAAUCUCAAUAUAUCAACACAAGCUGUAGACAAUCUUGUCAUGAAUGUAAACCGUCAAUUCCAUGAGGUGAAAAUCACCAAGAUACAACUCAACCCAACAGUAUUGCAGGUCUAUGUAAGCAGAACAUUACAAGCCAUCAUUGUCCUCCGAGGUUUGCUCAUAGAAAGGGUACUCAUCAGAGCUCACAAUGAAAAUACUCUCAAUGAUGAUGGGACGCUUGAUUUGUGGACACCAUCAAAAUAUGAAGUUUUCCAGAAGAUCACUGAGCAUGCGACAGCAGCUUCUUUACGAUAUUAUCUACCUACAAUGCAAGAUCUCUCAUUUAGAUCUUUCAUGCAUUGGCUGAACAGUUUCGCCAAGCUGUUCUCCACACCAUGUAGACUAUGUGGAAAGUAUAUCAAGGACAACCUACCUCCUACCUGGCGAUGUUUCCGUACUGUGGAACCCUACCAUGAAUGCUGUCGUCCAUGAAUUCCAUGUGCGAACAAUCCUCUCGCUAUCUUCUUGCAAGAUGUUGAUAUACUUGAACUGAUGUGAAUGGAUACAUCUGAUUUGAAUGGAUACAUUCACAUUCAAUCAGACUACAACAUUUUCCAGCCGUGACUAAUAUGACAUACUUCAGAGCUUGGCACCUGUGAAUGUUCUUCUGAUGAAUGUCUCCAUAUAAGUGAUAUUCAUUGUCACCAUUUGAACCGUCAUCAUCGUUAUCAUCAGACUUGUCAUGUACUCUUCUCUCACCAUUCUCAACCCAGAUGAAGUUGAUGGUUGGUGGGAAAGAAGAGACGAGACUUUGUAAGCACUGUCAAGGAUAUGUUGCCCCAUUUGUCACUGGUUAUUGCGUAAAGCUCAGGGGAAGAAUGGACAGUUAGAUGAACGAGAAAAUGAAGACUGUUAUGUAUUGAUUGUAGGACCCGAGUAUGUGUGUUAAUAUUCACUGUAAAGGCUGGAAAUGGAUAGCCAGUCUUCAUCUAGACCCAAUUUUACCUACCGCUCAACUGUGGUUAAACUUUAUCAUUUUGCUUGAUAUGUACAUGUAGAUAGCUCUGGGUAGCCAGAUAUUUCAUAGAAUAAUAAAUAUUUUUAUUGCUCAUCAAAUCAUGUGACCAGAGUCAAUUAAUUGUAAACAUUAUGUUGAUGCUUUCGUCUGUCCAUAGUUAAAGCAGUUUCAAACCAUGAGCUAAGUUAAACCUGAGUUUAGAACUGGCUAAAUGUUUGUUUUAUUUUUGUUAUUUAAACAUAUGAGCAGAACUGUAUAUAAUUAAAAUGUUCCAUGAAAUAAACUUCCUUGGUUAACAAUGUAUUUAUCAUUUGUCUUUAAGACAUCAGAACAUAAUAACUAUCACUAUUGUAAAUGCCAUUGCAAACACUUGUAUUUACACCCCCCCCCCCUCACAUACACACACACCUGCACAUGGACACACACAUAAUUGAAGAAGUUAAAAUGUAAAUACCCCCCCCCCCCCCCCCCCCGAAGAAAACACAUGCUUUUGCCACUUAUGAAAAUGACAUCUUGGUGCUUGAAGACUACAGUGAGAGAAAUAAGACUUUAAAUACUUUCAAUUCUUUUAUUAUUACUCAAAACUGAGAGAAUAAAUAUCAUUGACAUAAUCAUUGAGUAGCCACACAUAAAAAUUCAUCCAUAAAAGUCAACCCAACAGAUAGACUUACAUGUAUUUACAUUGCAGUAAUAUAUAUUUACAGUUUAAAAAAUCAAGUGGGAUUCAGUUAGCAAUAAGAUAAAGUAGUAAAUAAAUUGCAUAAAUCAUUGAUGGAAAAUUAGGAAGAAUUAUAGUGAAAAUUAUUAAUACAAAAUAAAGCAAGGCAUUACAUAACAGACUUUUGAAGGCAGGCAUAAUUCUUGUGUUCACAGCCAGCAUGAACUCGUACUAGUCAUUCAUUCAGUCAUUCAUUGCAACAAGGCAAUUCAUAUGUAGAGAGAGUUUCAAAUACAUCUAUCUGCAAGUGCACAUAGAAUUUAUCAUUGAUUGUGAAAUACUUGUGUAGUUGCCUUGAAAAUUGCAAACUGAAUGAAGUUUCUUGUUUCGAAAUGUUGACAUGUCAUUCCAUGUGCAUUAUUGUGUUAAUUAAUAAGACAAUUUAUAAGUCGACUGCCAGCAAAGGCAUUUAUAACCCUUUACAUGUAUUUGCUUAUAUUCCUUGCAUUGUAUAUUUGUCUUGUAUCAUUUUGUACUUCUUGUUAUCAACAAAAUGCUGGCAAUUGCCAGUGAAGUUCUAAUAAAUUCAAUUCAAUUCAUGUAUAUCCUGAAUGGUUUGUAAGUCAAACAGAAUUAAGUGGUUCCAAGAUGUUUGACGUACGCAAAGGCCAUGCACAUUUACAUGUAUAGCACAUUAACGGUUUGUAAUAAGCAUCAUUUUGUGGGAUUUUACCCAUACUUCUUGAUCAUCAUCAACUCUAACAAAAGAUUAACACAAUGAUAAACUUCAUACCCAUUUAUUGAGAUUUAGUGAAGCAGAAAUAGCAUUGUCCUUUUUCUUUUAAGUUGCAAAAUUUUAUAAGUACAUGACUAAAAAAAAUAAUCAAAUGCAAUGAUCAUCUGACAAAAACAGAAUUGUGUAGUUACCAAUUUUCUUGUUUGGUACACCAGUAUUCGUCAAAGUAGAAUUACUUUCCAUGAUUAUUUGUGUACUCACUGGAGUGAUGUUAAAUACAAGUGAAAUAUUUCAUUUACAGAAAGGAAAUCAAAUACUUUUUGGAGUACAAUUACACUCCCAGUCUCAUUCUGGGCUUCAAAAUAUUAGAGUUCAUUAAAGUUAUACAAAAA